UAUGCUAUCCAGAGCUGAUAUUACAAAGUGUUUUAUUAGAUACGCUUGUUUAAGCAAUUACAACCACGUGUUUCCAAGAAACUUUUAUUCUAACGAUCAGAAUAAGUUUUCUAAUGAUGAUCCGGACAAUGAAAGUUCAUCGGAGAAUUUAUUAAGUAUACACAGGCUAAAAAAUCCAACUUCAAAAGUUAUUUGCCCCAAACAACUUAGGGUUGCUAUAAUAGGAGCUCCAAAUGCUGGAAAAUCGACUUUAACAAAUAAAAUACUGGGUUGGAAGGUUGCUCCAGUAUCAUGCAAAGUACAUACAACAAGAUUUAGAACAAUGGGAGUUUUUACAGAAGGAGAUUCUCAAAUUGUAAUAUUGGAUACACCAGGUUUAAUAGAGAGUGGUAAAUUGAAAAGACAUAAUUUAGAAGAUAGCCUUCUAAUUGAUCCACACAUAGCUCUGUUGGAAGCCGAUUUGAUUGCUGUUACGGUUGAUGUAUCACCUAUAUGGUAUCGAUCAUCUCUCCAUUCCGAAAUUGUUAAAGCAUUGCAUAUGCACUCAAAUAAGCGUUCAAUUCUUCUACUGAACAAAGUUGAUUUAUUAAAAAAUAAGAAUGAAUUAUUUAAAAUCACAAAAUCAUUAACAGGAGGCAUAGUUGAUGGCCGAAGAGAUUUCGCUAUCAGAAAUUCUCGAAAGUAUCCAAAAGAGUCAGUGAUAAAAGAAAUAAAUUAUAACUUUCCUCCAUUGCUGAUGAACGAUGCAGGAAAAGCUGAUUUGGAAUCAAAGGAUGGUUGGAAAGCUUAUAAUAAAAGAUUACAAGCCGUUGGGAAUUUAACAACUAGUUAUUGGACCAAAUUUGAAAGGGUCUUUAUGUUAAAUUCACUUGAAGGAGAUGGUAUAUAUGAUUUGAAGACAUAUCUCUUGGAGACAGCAAAAGCAGUAGAUAAAUGGGAUUACGACGAAACACUAGUGACGAACCAAUCUCCUUAUCGUCUAGUCAAGCAAUGCGUAUGGGAAGCUUUGUUAGACUCGGAUUUACCCGCUGAAAUUCCCUAUAACAUUAAGAUUAAAAUUAAAGUAUUAACCGAAAGUGAAGAAGAUAGCCUCCUCCGAGUAGGGAUUGAUCUUCUAUGUUUCAAUAAUAGACAAUUAAGUGGAGUUAUAGGAAAUGACGGUCAAAAGGUAGCUCUAAUAGCUCGUAAAGCCAAACAAAAUAUGAUGGAUACGUUUAAAUGUGAUAUGAGUUUAAAACUUGCUGCUAAACGGAUAACUAAAAAAAAAACAUAA